UCCCUCUCACAAUAUAAUUUGUCUUCAGGGGAAAACCCUAAAUCAGCAAACCCGCGGUUCGGAAUGUGGGGAUAGUCGUUAUAUUCGCGCUUGGGUCGUCAGGAUUGCUAAGUUUUGAUUAGGGAGAUUAUCGGUGGCUUGGAGAUAAAAUUCAGGUAUAAGUGAGGGUUAAGCUGUGUAUAGGCAACCAUGGCGAAUUCAAAGAUAGAGCAACAUUCCUCUCGGAAGGAUGGGGCAAAGAGAAGUAAGAAGAGGGAGAAGAACCGAGUGAAGAAACCGGAGCAGCGAGUGCUGGAUGAAGAAUCGGAACAUCGGGAUUUUGAGGAUACUGAUCAGGGCGAGGGGAAAUACAUGAAUGAUGGGGAAGAAUCGGGUUCCGAGGAAGUCGAUGAAGAGAUCCCGAAGAAGAAAAGGAUGAAGAAUACGAAGCUGAAGUUCGAGAAAAAGGACAAUGUUGAGGAAGGGGAGGACGAAGAGAACGAAGAGAGAGAGGAAGACGACAAAGAGGCGGCGGCUACGGUGUCUAAUGGGAGUGGAAUAAUGACUAAUGAAUCAUUUGAUUCACUGGGACUGUCUAGUCACACUGCUAGAGCAAUCAAAGAGAUGGGCUUUCAGCGGAUGACUCAGAUUCAAGCCAAAGCAAUUCCGCCAUUAAUGAUGGGAAAAGAUGUGCUUGGGGCUGCUAGGACAGGAUCUGGGAAAACCCUAGCUUUUCUUAUACCAGCAGUUGAGCUCCUCUACAAUGUUCGUUUUGCUCCUCGCAAUGGAACUGGAGUGAUUGUUAUUUGCCCAACAAGGGAGCUUGCGAUUCAGACCUACGGAGUAGCCAAAGAACUUCUCAAGUAUCAUUCACAGACGGUGGGCAAGGUUAUUGGUGGAGAGAAUAGAAAAAAGGAAGCAGAGAUUAUUGUGAAAGGUGUUAACUUAUUAGUAGCAACCCCUGGAAGACUGCUUGAUCAUCUUGAAAAUACAAAUGGAUUCAUAUUCAAGAAUUUGAAGUUCCUUGUAAUGGAUGAAGCUGAUAGGAUAUUGGAACAGAACUUUGAAGAAGACAUGAAGAAGAUUAUUAAACUUCUGCCAAAGGUGAGGCAGGCAGCGUUGUUUUCAGCCACCCAAACUACCAAGGUUGAAGAUCUUGCUCGGGUGUCGCUUACCUCACCUAUUUAUAUUGAUGUGGACCAAGGAAGACUGAAGGUUACAAGUGAGGGAUUGGAGCAAGGCUAUUGUGUUGUGUCCAGUGCGAAGAGAUUAAUAUUCCUGCUUACCUUUUUGAAGAGAUAUAAUGGCAAAAAGAAAAUCAUGGUCUUCUUCUCUACUUGCAAGUCGACUAAGUUCCAUGCAGAACUCUGUAGAUACAUUAAGAUUGAUUGCCUUGAAAUCCGUAGAGGUAUAGACCAGAGCAAAAGAACUUCUACCUUUUUCCAAUUUGUCAAGGCAGAGAAGGGCAUAUUGUUAUGUACUAACGUUGCUGCUCGUGGGCUUGAUAUUCCUCAUGUGGACUGGAUCGUGCAGUAUGAUCCCCCUGAUGACCCUACGGAAUAUAUUCAUAGGGUUGGUCGUACAGCUCGUGGAGAAGAGGGGAAGGGGAAGGCUCUGCUAGUUUUAACUCCAGAAGAGAUGCAGUUCGUUCGGUAUCUGAAGGAAGCGAAAAUUCCAGUACAAGAACAUGAAUUCGAGGAGAAUAAGUUGAUAGAUGUGCAGUCUUUUCUGGAGAAGUUGAUAUCCAAGAAUUAUGCUCUAAGUGAGUCAGCGAAAGAGGCAUACAAAACCUACAUAUCAGCAUACGAUUCCCACUCGAUGAAAGACGUGUUCAACGUUCACCGACUUGAUCUGAAGGCGGUUGCUGCUUCGUUUGGGUUCUCGUCUCUGCCAAAGGUAUCUCUGAAGAUAGAGAACAGAGCCUCCACCAAGAGGAAAAGGGAAGCGCCCAAUAAGUUCAACAGAGCCCGCGGCGGCAAAGGAGAUUCUAAAAGAAAGUUCGUGAGGUAUUAGAGAGAGAUACGAACAAAACAGAAAUUACAACGGAAAGAUGGAUUUCAGAAAUGCCUAAGGAAAUCGGACAAGCAUAUCUCUCGCAUACAGUGAAAGGAGAGGGCAGGUCAU